CGCCUACCCGGGGGGAACUGACAAAACAAGCCGACUCUCACAUGCAUUCACGCAAACCAAUCAGCACCGUCAAUUCCCACCAUCAGCGGCUAUGAAACUCCUAAUCUUCCCCGCGCCGCGAAAUGCAGCGUACAUAUGGAGACAAAAAGUUCCAGUUCUCUCCAGUCUCAGUCAAAGGAAUAAAAUUCCCCAUUGACCUGACCGGUUCAAAAUAAGGAAAACUCGCGUUUCAAUGUCCUCUUCCCACCCUCUCCCCAUCUCCAACCCUAAGGCCCAAGCUCAAGCCCAGACCAAUGCCUUAACGGGCCCAUCCUUCCUCACGCGCCUCUCCGACUCUCUCCGCCGCCUGAACUCCCGCCGCCGUCCCUGGCUCGAACUAGUCGACCGCUCCGCCUUCUCACGCCCGACCGCACUCUCCGAUGCCACCACCCGCAUCCGCAAGAACAUCUCCUACUUCCGGGUGAAUUACCUCACGGUUUUCGGAUCCGUUCUCGCCUUCUCGCUCCUAUCGCAUCCUUUCUCUCUUCUCACCCUACUAUCGCUCCUCGCCGCCUGGCUAUUUCUCUACCUCCUCCGCCCAUCCGACCAGCCGCUCGUGGCGCUGAGCCGGACGUUCUCGAAGGGCGAAACCCUAGGCAUUCUCAUUGUAGCCUCGCUGUUCGUGAUCUUUCUCACGAAUGUUGGGUCGUUGCUGAUGUCAGCAAGCCUGAUAGGGGCGGGGAUUGUGUGCGUUCAUGGAGCAUUUAGAGAUCCGGAGGAUUUGUUCCUCGACGAUCACGAAUUGCCUGGUUCUGGAUUGUUCUCGUUGAUCAGUGGCGCUGCGUCCUCCGCUCCCGUCUCAGCCGCCGCGGCAAGCAUUGUUGUUUCCCACGUAUGAUUCCUUCCUUCCUAGUUCCUGCAUCAUGAUGGAUGUAGGUAGAGACCCUUUUUUUCCUUUUUUCUUUUUUUGGAGGAAGGAAGCAAUUGGAAAUUCGCGCACGCACGCCGGGAUGGCAUUAUGGGCGGUUGAGUUGUAUUCUUUAAUUAAUAAUAUUCGUUGGCAUUAGUAAUUCUGUUGUUUCAGGAAAAACUCACAGCACAAGUUUUAUACGCUCUCUUUUCUAUGCUCGAGUAUUCUUCGUCCAUCUGGGGGUUGUUUAUGUGGAGCUCAAUUUUAAAUGUCGAUGCCAACUUAAUUAAAGCACAAAUUGACCCAGACGAAGGUUAACAAUUUUGUUGCAAACAACCUUCAUGCUCAUCAGCUCAUGCUCAUGCUUUGAGUUCAUCUUAUGAAAAAGCUAAGGCAAAGUUUCGGCAUCACUUCUUGCAGCAACAAAUCUUGGGGCAAAAUGAAGUUUUGUCCGUGAAAAAUGUUCCCAAGUUCCGAAUUCGUCCAUCAACUUGGGCAAUAAAUAAUGCAGUUAACCGAGUCAUUGUUGUUAGACUCGAGCCAGGUUGACCAUGAGGGCAUUCAUUCAUGGUGUUUAAGCUUUAGACAUUUAACACCCAGAAGAAAUUUAUGUUGGACCCUUUCCAAUUUACGUGUUGAAACUCCGACUUCAGAUAUACUGACACCCGGCCCCGAAAUAAAAACAUAAAGUCACAAAUCUGCUUCGACCAGUAAUAAAAAGAAAACUCCAAUAACAUCAAAGGUUUUAUGGUGUUGAGGGAGAAUAAUUUCAUUUCCCAUAGCUAUUCGUCAGUAGAACCAACACCAGCUACUACAUGGUUUUCCUGUUCAAGUACUGGUUUCUCCCAUGUCCCAAUUAUCUCAUUUUUAAGCUAACUAGUCUACUUGGGUUUGAUAUUGUAACAAAUCCUUGUUUUUGCUUGGUUUGCUAUUACUAUCAAAGUGAGUCUGUAUUUCCUCCUUGACAUCAUUUAGCGUUCUUGAUGGCUUGGGGUGUUGUAUUUACUUGUUUUGAUUGUCCGUAUGUCCAAUUUAUAUUGGGUUUGAAAUGCAUAAUUGUUGUGACUCCCAUCUUUUUCUCCUUUUGUGUUUAGGCCUCUCCAAUAAACAAUCACUUUCCCUGGCGAGACAUUUUAUGGAGACUCCCCGCUCCUGGCUGAUGGCGGUGGAGAGUACAGGAAUCCCAGAAAUUUAUGGCGCCUACGGAUCACACAACCUGAAAAUGAUGGACCAAACACACUGCAACCUGAGAAAUCGUUUCACGGACCUGUCCAUGGGUCGACAGGCCUAGUUGGCAAGCUUAAAUUCAGUGGCCUGGAGGACAGUUUCACCGGAGACAGGUGGGAAGUUGGAUACCGUUGGGUCAACGACUAUGAGAGACUGGUCCGACGGGAUAAAGUGGGGAAUCUGUCUGAUCCUCCUUUCUGGUUUCUACUACUCUCGCAGGAAAAUAUAUGGACUUGGAGGCCAAGACGAGAAAAAUACCUUCAAGUUGACCUUGUGGGUAAUCAGGAGUUGUUUGGACAGUGAAAUUAUCCCAAAUAAUAUUUCGUUUACAUCAUAAACAUAUUUUCCAA